AAAAUCUCCACGUAGCAAUGAGUGAGUUAUACACCAAUCACAGCUGAAAACUCCUGAAAACUAUAAUCUGUGAACUACAUGUGAAGUCCACAACACCUCCCUUCAGCUGCUGAAACCUCUACAUUUCAUGUGAAGUGCCACAGACCGCUAUAGCCAGCACGUGUGCGCGCGGCUCAACCCCACAAACUGGAGCGCGUGUUGUGGGCGAGACCAGCGCAUCUGUCAUGCGCAGUUAGAGGGGACGGACUGCGCUACCUGGUGGUGCGGGCCCUGAAUAAGGAGUUAGUCCCGCGGCGCAACACCCAUCUUCCUGUGUUCUUGGACACUUGCCAGGAUCUCCACUGUACAGAAUGUAGAAACAAGCGACGGACUAGAGGACAUGUUGAGGAGGGAGACUUGCACGUGCAUGGAGAUUUGCACGUGCACGCAGCAUUCAGUGAGGAUGACGUGGAUUUAGAAGAGAGCAUAGAGAAGUUAAUAGCGCAGUUAGAGAACGAGUUAGAGUCAGUAACCAACGAGAUCCGGCCACCCCCAGUUUGCGGUACAACGUGUUAUGGCUGGAACUAUCCCAGCACUGAUCUUAGUUCUACUUCACUUGAUCACAGACUCUCCGAUACUCCUCCUCCCCUCACUUCACCCCUCACUUCCAGUGUUCCAACUGUCCAGCUGCCUGACAGUGAACCUUUGUCAGUGUCAGGGUCCCUUGAUCGUAUGAAUGGGACAGCUGCUGAGUUUGAGAACAUGAAUUGGAGCAGUUCCCGACUUUUCAAUGGAAAAGGUGAAUCAAUACCUGGUGAUUCACUCGGAGACUUUGGUACACCAGAUACCAAACAAAGUAUCGUUGCAAAUAGCACUAUAAUGACGUCGCGUGAUACUGUGGUGACGUCACGUGAUAGUGUAGUGACGUCACGUGACAGUGUAGUGACAUCACGUGAUAUAAAGAUAAGCUCGCCUCUGAAGAAAGCAGAGUUGUUUCCUAUCCCUAGGACUAAUUUGUUUGUGUUCAAUGGAAAGGUGGAGACUCUUCAGAACGUUAUUGAUAAGCUCCACUCCUCCUCCGAUUCUACUGUCAUAUCUUCCAACCAUUCUAAACCAGAUGUGAGGACAUCACGUGAUAGUAUAAACAUAACACGUGACAUAAUGACUGAAAAAACACUUGAGGCGGUUGCUGAAAAGCUAGAAACUGUGCCAAACAACAAUAUCACCGAAACAUUUCCAAUUCAAGUAUACGAGGACUCAUCAGAAAUUCCAAUUCGGCGCUCAAACGGCGUGGUAAUGUCAGUAGAGGUGACGUCACGUGAUUAUGCGAUGACGUCACGUGAUAAUUUGAAUAUCCUGCGUAAGAAUCUCAAUUUAACACGCAAAAGUGCGAUGAAGCCAAGUGAAAAUCUUAAUGUGUCACGUGAGAUUGAGAUGACGCCACGUGAGAUUGAGAUGACGUCACGAGAGAUUGAGAUGACGUCAUGUGACAAUUUAAAUACGUCACGUGACAAGCAAGAUGAGCAGGAUAGUUUGACCCGUUUCCUAGACGACCUACAGAUCAUACCCACUGAUCAAGAAGCUCUACAGAGGACUGAUAGUAGGAGUAUAGCGGAGGGUGUUAGAAGAUCACAGUCCCCUGGAGGGGCCCCACCUGUAGCGCCCAAACGUAACACUUCUAAUGGUAUCGUGUUAACUCGUCACUCUAGUCCUAGUCCGGACCCGAUACGGCGUCCUCCUCCCCCGACCAGAGUGUUCAGCCCUCAAGCCAGUAAGAAAAAGAUCGGAUUUAAACCUGGUGGAUACAGUUUAGCCGCAGGAGUCAAAGGUGCUAGAAACAUAUCCGAGGCGCCGUUGAUGCACGUAUCUAAUAUAGACCAUCACGAACGAGUAAGCAGCUACGACAGUGUCGAAAGUAAUACCAGCAACGCCAGUAUGGACGCAGUAGGACACCUCAUAUUAUACGAGGACAUUAAAACUCCAAUAGAUCUUAGUAUCGGGAGAAGUUUCAACUCUUCUUCAUUGGGUGGAAGAAGUAGUGAUCUGUCAACUCCCCGAUCUAGUUCUCCUAGUCAGUUCGCAGGACCUAUCUCAACCAAACCAAUCACACAUACCUACAACAAUAAAGCUCCCCCGAAACACAGUUUACACAUAGACUCUAGCAGCAGAGACGUACCUUCGUAUAACUCAAAAGAGGUCGCCAACAUGUUAAGACAGUCCUACACCGCCCGAACCGAAUCCACGCUUGACGAUAACACAUUAGACUUUAUAAAGGAGUUCAAGGACAGCAAAGUAAUUCCCAUUAACCGGCUCCGUGACAAUGAGGUAAUUAACCGGCUCCGUGACAAUGAGAACUCAACAGAAGUGGACUCUAAGAUCCCGGAAAACAAGAACAUAACAAUCGCCACCCCCGCUCCCACGACAAUCUCCACAACACCACGUGACGUCAUCACUCCGUCACGUGACGUCAGAGCCGCACGUGCUGAGGAGCCGCGCGCCGCAAAGCAGGACAACAUGGCGAAGGAGCCUGAAGUGAUGAGAUACUGCAAAGCUAAGUACACAUUUAAAGCAGAAGGUGCUCGUGAGCUAGGUUUUAAAAAGAAAGAUAUUAUCCGGAUUAGGAGGGAGGUAGACGCUAACUGGAUCGAGGGAGAGCUCAACGAACAAGUCGGAAUAUUUCCUCGAAAUUAUGUGGAUAUUCUAGAUCCUGAGCCAACCCAGUCGCCCCAGGAUGUGGAAACGACGUUCGAAUCAAAGAAAUCCCCACCCUCCCCCCACUCCCCACCCUCUCCCAUCACGGACUUUACACCUAGCAGUAUGAGCUACGUUCCUAGUUACCAGCGUGAUAUUGGCAGUUUGCCCCAGCUGAGUCGCUACCAAAAAAACGACGAGUCAAACAAAGAAAACAGGCGGGAAAUGGAGCGAAAAAAGGAAGAAAAGCGAAAAGAAGAAGAAAGAAAAGAGCAGGAAAGAAAGGCGGAAGACCGUCGACAAUCCUCGGCACGCAGACUGGCGGAAGAAAAGCAGCGUGUUAUGGAACAAAGAGCAGCCGAUCUUCGGAGAAAAGAAGAAGAGAAGACGUUGGAGGAGGAGACUAACCGUAGAGAAGAGCAGGAUAGGAGUAAGAAAGAAAAACUGGAUGCGGAGAAACAGCGAGUUAGAGAGCAGAGAGCUGCAGAGCAAUUAAUUAAAGAAGAGGAGAGGAGAAUCGCAGAGGAGAGGAGAAGAAGGCAAGAGGAAGAUGAUGACAGAAGAAGGGAAGAGGUAGAACAGCAAAGGAUAUACGAAGAACAGAAAAGACUCGAGCAGGAGAAAAUAAGGAAGGAGGAAGAAAAGAGGCUAAGACGGGAAGCAAAUGAGCGGAAACGAAGAGAGGAGGAAGAGAGGAGAAAGGAAGAAUUGGAGCGAAAGAGAAAAGAGGGCGAAGAGGAGAUGAGAAGAGUUCAAGAUCGCAUUCGGAGGGAAGAGGAAGCACGAGUCAGAUUGGAAGAAGAUGAAAGAAAGAAGGCGGAGGAAGAAGAGCGUCUGUGGGAGGAAGAACGCCUUCGAAAAGAAGAAGAAGACAGGAAAAGACGUGAAAAUGAACAGAGAAAACGAGACGAGGAACGGCGCCAGAGAGAAAACGAUGAGAGGAAGCGUCAGGAAGAAAGACUUCGAAGAUUGGAGGAAGAACGGAUCAGGGAAGAGGAGGUAGCUAGAGAGGAGGAAGAGAGAUUACGAGAAGAGAAGAGGAAACGAGAAGAAGAGCGCUUACAGGAACUGGAGCGUCUACAUCAACAGGAGAUGGAGGAAGGAAGGAGACUUAAGGAGGAGGCGGAGGAAAGGGCCAGAGUAAAAGAGCAGAAUAACAUAAACUACAGGGUUUCUAACAGCGAAUUAGGGAAUGAUGAGGACGAUGAUACGUUCGAGGUUAAAGCUAUUUACUCUUUUAAGUCCACUGAGGACGGAGAACUUACUUUCAAAAAAGGAGCCACCAUAACAGUUACUGAAGUGAUAGAUGAUAACUGGUACUACGGGCAACUAGGCGCUGCACAGGGCAUAUUCCCCACAAGUUACGCAGUGAAGAUUGAGGCUCCAGAUCUCCCCCCACCUCCUGAUCUCACAGCACAGAGAAUAGAAGACUGUCUAGAGGAAUACGAGUCUCCAGAAACAGUCGACCAGUCACGUGAUAGUUUUCUUGAUGAUAGUGGUAACCUUGACAACACCGAUAAUCUUGAAAACAGCGGUAUUGUUGACAACAGAUCUGCAGAGGAUUCUGACGAUUUCCAGGAUUACGAGUUAUACGUAGCCCAGUACAGUUACCAGCCCCUUAAUGAUGACGAGUUGGAACUCCAGCGAGGGGACAUUGUGGAGGUUAUCGAGAGAUGUGAUGACGGUUGGUUCGUUGGAACCUCACAACGAACAGAAAAGUUCGGUACAUUCCCCGGUAACUACGUUCUACCCAGCGAGGAGUGACCGCGUGACGUCAUCAAAACACCACGUGACGUCAUCACAACACCACGUGACGUCAUCACAACACCACGUGACGUCAUCACAACACCACGUGACGUCAUCAAAACACCACGUGACGUCAUAGUAGCACUUGUUGAAGUCUGUGACUACUAUACAUCGUUAUUCAUCAUGAACUGCAGUGCGCUGAUGUAGAGCUAACAUUUAAUUUAUUGUAUUUAUAUCCCAAAUUUUCUCGUUCCAGAAUUGAUUUAUACAUUGCAAUGAAAUGUUUACUUUUAGAAAAGAAACUAUUUGACGAAAUUAUUUCUGCGAGAUGAUUACCAUACCGAGUUUAUAAACUAGGUUACCAAUACCAUGGUUACCAUUAUAACGGCUAUUGAAGUCUGUGAGGGGCUUCACUAUUCACUGUUCGCCACUUUAUCGUUAAAAUAGGUGCUUCUAUUCAUUAAUAUUUUAAUGAAUUUUGAAUUACAAGAGUAAUGAGUAUGUGUUUAUAGUUAUUCAUCAAGAUAAGUAACUGAAGUUACAAACGAUGAAGAUAAAAUACUUUCUUUUUUUUUCGUUGGAUUUUAAUUUUUCGAAAAUGCCGAAAUGUCGUUGGUACCACAUUUCGUAACCACGAUUCUACCUGACGACAUGCUAUGCUUAUUGACACUAUAAUAAAACCAACUGAUUUUGCAUGCGAUGGACUCAUUUUCAUUUCCGGGUAUAUCAACAUCUUUUUCCAUAAUAAAAACCAGUCUGUAUCUUAAAAUGUAUCCUUGACUUUAUUUAAUGGAGCUAACAGUACCGCAGUAAGAAAGUGCCGUAAUAAGAUGUGCAACUAUUCGCGUGUUGGGGUUUAUGUUCGCAGUAUCACCACCAUUACAACACUGUAAUUGUAAAUAUGUGUGUUUAACCCCGCUGCUUUGAAGAAAUCUUAUUUUUAUAACAAUUUAGGAGUUAAAA